CGAUUUGUGACGCGUGUUCAUAGCUUCGUGGCAGAAUUGACAUAUCAAAUUAGGUGGUAAACAAUUUUUGAUAUAGAAGAGCGAGAUCGUCCUUAUAGGACUUACAAGUUUGAAUUUCUUUCAUAAAAAUAAGGAAAUAAAUACUAAAAUGCGUGAAUAUUUAGUUGGUUUUUGGAUCGGAUUUUGUAUUAUUAGCGCCGUUCAGGCGACCAGUUGCAACAAUCCGAAAGUCACAAUAACAUCUUUUAGUACAGAAGAUGCCACUAUUUUAACACAAUUGGCUCACAUCGGCGAAUUUUCAUUAAAAUGUAGCAAUGAAGUGAAACCGAAUCUUUUUGCGGAGUUUCCAUGCGGAAAGGUAGUACCAGUCGCUCGCGUUGCUGAAAACCAAUAUCAAGUUAGUUGGAUUGAAGACGUGAAGAAGAGUUCCAGUGGUAGUGUAGUGGUACGUUUAUUCGACGAGGAAGGUUAUUCCAGCUUGCGUAAAGCUCAGAGAGAUGGGGGGGCCAAAGCGUCCAAUGUCAAAUCCAUAAUUGACGUUACCGUUACCACUAAAGGUGCUUACAAGGGCCCUUGGGUAAAAGCUGAAUUGGUAGCUGCUUUCCUGAUAGCUGGUGUAGCUUAUUUUGCCAUAACCACCAAAAAUAAAGUACAGAAUUAAAAAGACAAGUGAAAGCAAAAAUCAUUAAGCUAUCGUCACAGAACUUAAUUUGAAUGAAAUUCAUUCAAGGCAGGGUUAAAUUUGUUAAUAAUUCCUUGUGGCUUUCAUUUCUUAAUAUUGCUUGAGUGAAUAUGUGGAAGCCCUGAUGUGUUCCUUCUUUCUUUUAAUUAACAUAAAAUUAAAAAUGAAGUUUAUUAUCUUUUUGUUUUAACUGA